UCCACAGCUGUUAAAACUCCAGUCCAAUCUGUGCUUUCUCACUGCAUGGCGAAGAUGGCGUUGGGAGAAAUAUGUUGCACUAUCGAUAUAAGCAAGACUCGGAGGUCUUCGAAAACAGGCAUCCUGUUUUUUCUUUUAUUGCAAAUGAGUCUGCUCUCUAAAGUAUGGACAACAUCUACAACGUCAGAACCUGUUAGCCAGAGUUCGACAACUCAAUCUAUGGUUUCAGUAAGCAUGUCCUCCUCCAUUUCAACUAAUCAGAUGGCCACAUCAGGCUCUACAGUGACAGGAGCUUCAUCCACCUUAAUACAGAUCACUGCCUCUAACAAUGCUACUGUCGCCUCUACAGCAAAUACAUCUUCAUCAGAAAAUUACACGGCGCUAUCCUGUCCAUCAUUUGCUUGCACAAAAGAUUGUUAUGACCAGUUCAUGAAUACGAUGGCGAAGCUCUGCCAAUCCAGUGAAUAUUUCUGUAAGAUAAUGAAAGGGGAUGAAGGUUACUCUGUCAGCUGCAGUGCCUCAUGUGGCAUGCCCUGUGAGAAUGGGACUCUUAGUAAUUGCUCUGUCAACUGUUGCAACACAACCAACUGCCUCAACAACACUCUGCUUGCCAUGUUCAGUUCACUCAAUACCACAGCUACAACAAAACCAACUACUGCAACCGCAACCACAAAUAUCCCAGUUCCAACCAUCCCAGCAACUAAUGGCAAGAAGUGUCAAAAUUUCAAGUGUGAAGGAACAGCGUGUUACAAAACCACUAGUGUCAACAGUAAUGUCGCGACGUGUCCAGUUGGUCUGGACUACUGCAUGCUACAAAAGACAACAUCUGGCACCACAGAGAGCUGGCAGGCGGGUUGCAGUACAGAUUGCAGAAAGAUGACAGUUUGUUCAAGCACCAGUACUGUCUGUUACUUGGAGUGCUGCAAUGCCACUACCACCACCUCAUGCCUCAAACUGACAGGUGAAGUGAACAUGCCCAGCUCCGCCACCAGGGAUCCACACUGUCCCGCACUGCUCAUUACCUGUUUGCUGCUCUUCUGGAUAGUCAAAGUCUUAAAUUGAGCAUAACAAAGUCACAUUUAAUAUGCAAUUCAUUCUGUUAGGAGAGUGUAUGCGUGUUUUAAACCUGAUUGUACUUCUUUUACUGUCACUUUUACAUUCUUUGUGAUGUAAGCAAAUUAAGGAGAGUGUGUGGGAGUGUGUCUAUAAGAUCAGCAUGAGAAGCAGAAUGUGUGUAUAUAUGUAUAGAUGCCAAAUAAGCUUUACCAUUGGCAUCUGUAGAGAGCUACAUCAAGUGGGAACAUGUUGGAUUCUUAUAUCACAGAGUUAGACAGAAACGAUCCACAGAGGAAUAUAUUAACAAUGCAAUGACAAAUAUGAGGUUUACUUCCUUUCAUGAGUUGUGAAUGUUUGAUUAAUUCUUGCUCUUUUUUGCCAUUAAUCUACACUGUAAGAAAAAAGAAAUAUGUAGAAAAUGGACUCUGUCCACUGUCUUUUCCGUUAAGAUUGAGGACACUUCCUUCAACUCUAAAACAUUGUGCAACUUGUAAAACAUCUGUGAAAAUUCAGUACAUAUUAACAUGGUACUGGGCUGUAUUUUCAUGGAAUUUUCUUACAGUUUACGCAUGUCUGAAUUUUGAUUACAGUCAAUCUUGGUUAUCUGAAGCUUCUUUUCUUACUCAUAUUUUGUGUGGUAUACACUGUACACAGGUGUUGUGCUUUCUAAAAAAGCAAUGUCCUAUUCUAUAUUACUCAAAAUAUUCCAAAGAAUAUUAUUAGAAUGCUCAGAUAAUCCUUUUUCUGAUACUAAUUAUAUGAAAUAUAAAAUGGGUUGUCCAAUCAGGCAGAUUUCACCCAGUCUGAGUGCAAAAAUAAUAGUUAUGUACAAACCUGCUAACAUCAAACAAAUGGAGUAUGCACUUUUUACAUCUAAAUAGAAAUUAGACAAUGUGAAAUAUCUGUGACCCUGGCUGUGAAAACCCAG